CUUUUUCAACAUUUUUCAUUUAAAAUAUCGAGAAAAUUCAUAAUUUUUUUUUCAUUCAUCUCCAAAGUAGGUCAUCGUCUCUUUCAACGUGGAUCGCAUCGCAUAGAACAAAGUGACAGGUAUCGAUAUGUUUACAUUCAGAUAACUCUGUGGACGUUUCAUUUCACAAGACAUGAAUCAUCUUCGUUACCCGAAAUAAUUAGCACAAGUUAACCAUAAAUCGCUCAAAAAAUUACUAAAAUUACCUCUGAAACAACGAGAUCUCACCGUAAAAAAUGUCAAAAGGGGGCGAAAUUUACCCGCAACUGCCACAAGACAUCGAACGCCAGGCUGGAGGCGAAGAAAUUCCGCUUCAAACGAUAAAUGGCACACACCCGAGCAGCGGAAAUUCGGCAGAACAAGAGCGUCGUGCCCGAUUUCUGCGAAUUUUCCAGCAAUACGACCGAAAUAACGACGGGACGUUGAGUGUUCGUGAAAUGAAGCGGCUCAUCAAGGACCACGCCUGUCAAAAUCUCCCCUCGAACGCGGCACGGAAGAUUAUGAAGGUCAACGACACGGAUCACGAUGGUCGCUUGAGUUUCGAGGAAUUCUACAAGAUGUGCACGGAACGCGAUUGGCUCAUGAAGGACAUGGCAGUGAAAUAUUGCAAGUUGGUUGUCCCGCGUCGCGAUCAUCGCACAACCGGGCAAGAUAUGACGGAUGGCGCUUACGAAAGUAGCAUGACUUUUUGCCCGCCGCCCUUGACGAUGGUCAUUUUUUCGAUAAUCGAGAUAAUUUUCUUCCUGGUCGACAUCAUUUCGCUGGAGGAACAUCAAAAUGGCUUGGAUCCGAAGCAUUAUGGCAAGACGACAGACGGGCCUGCAGCAACUUUGUUCAUCUACAACCCUUAUAAGCGAUACGAGGCAUGGCGAUUUGUCACUUAUAUGUUCGUUCAUAUCGGAAUUAUGCAUUUAAUGAUGAAUCUGAUCGUUCAGUUGUUGCUGGGUGUGGCUUUGGAACUCGUGCAUCAUUGGUGGCGUGUCGCUUUGGUCUAUUUGGCGGGAGUUGCAGCAGGAUCUAUGGGGACAUCUAUUCACGAUCCGAGAAUUUUCCUUGCUGGAGCCUCGGGAGGGGUUUAUGCCUUGAUAACAGCUCAUAUCGCAACCAUCAUCAUGAAUUGGAAAGAGAUGGAAUACGCAAUCAUCCAGCUGUUUGUUUUUGUCGUUUUUUGCGCCACAGACAUCGGAGUCUCAACUUACCGACAUUUGACAGCAGAAAAUGAUAAAAUUGGGUACAUGGCUCAUCUUUGCGGAGGCAUCGCUGGGCUUCUUGUCGGUAUCGGGGUCUUGCGAAACCUCGAAGAACGUCGAUGGGAGCGGAAACUUUGGUGGUGUGCGAUGACUUUGUACUUUGCACUCAUGUUAAGUGGCGUCGCCGUUCACAUUUUCUACCCAGAAAUGUUCAAACCAUCGAGAUACUGAGUGAAAUCGAACAAAAAAAAUAUUCGAUGCCUGCAUUUAAUGUGGCCUUGCUCGCUUUUGAGUGUUUUUUACUUAACAUUACAACGCUAUUUUAGUAUUUUUUAUUAGAUUUUAAGACAAAUGACAAUCUACUUUUAUCCUCUUAUUUCCUUGUGAUUCCCAACUUUAGCCAUCCUAUGUAUGUACGUAUUUUAUUGAAAAAAUAAAGACUU